UGAAGUUCCCGUGCCACGUGCGGUGGGGCUGCCGCUAUAAAGUCGCCGGGAAACGCGGGAUGUUCCUCAGGAUCGCUCGCAAGUCGAAUGGAAGGACUUCGAGGGCUGAUGAGCACUUGGACGAUCGUGUUUCUCUGUGGAUUCACGCCAUGGGUCUGUGGAACAAUUGUCUCCGACAAUUUUGAAGAAAAUCUGGCAGCGUUGACUAAAGUGGUCGAUUACAUUCACGACAGACCAGGACAAAUGAACGCCGACGCCACCUUUUCUGUAACUAUCGUCGAAGCCAACGUAGCUGCCACUCUAAUGCACAAGAAUGCUCGACACCUCGAAGACAAACAUUGGAAAGCGUUAACGAGGAUUCUGAGGCUGUGCGAUUCGAUUCGACGCUACCUAAUUAACAGCCUCGUCCCAGAGAACAAAGAUGUUCUGUUACUACACAACACGUUGAACGAUCCUCUUCUGUGGCUGCGACCGAUACGUUGGCAAGAUGGCGGCCUGAGAAGGGGCAGGCCAACUCCUGACUUAACUUACCGAGAUAUCCGCGAUUUGACGAUGCAAGGGACGCCCAAGGAAGAGGAAAGCGAUCGGUGUCUCGGAGAAAUUGUUAACAAUGGAUUGAAUUCUAUCUAUCGAAUGCCUGACACGUGUAACGAGAUAUUAAUGAGGCGCGACUUAACCAGAGGAUACCCUCUGACACACAGAUUACUGAUCGUCCGAGUGGCCAAAACGCUGAAAUCCGAGGACGGUUUGCCGGUACGAUCAUCCGAUUUGAUAGCGUUCUACUGUUCCUCCAUUCUGCAAGACUUGAUUGACAUCGAAGCAGCGGGAUUCCCUUAUCAAACUCCGGAUUUAAUCAUGGAGCAAGUUCUUCUCUGCGGUAUGGAAGGCUUCCUCGAGUUCACUGGCAGCCAUCUUGAACGACUAGUGCUGCGCUGGGCCCAUCCCAGCGGUUGCUUCAGUUCCUUCGGGAACAACUUGAUCAAGAGUCAGCCCCGCAUGGUUCGAAGAGCGUCGACUCCCACAGACUUCGGCUGCGACAGCCAUGCAACUGGUCUUGCCGCAGCAACUCUUUCGUUGUUCAUUCGUGAGAACGUAGAACACGCGUUUAAUUAAUUUCUUAAACUAUACUCUUCAAUAAACCAUCGCAUGUUUAUUUUUGAGAACGUCUUCCUCUUCUGCGACUUUAACUUUCCGUUGACACAAGUGAAUAUAAGAAUAAAUUUCAACGUUUACGUUUGUACUGUCGUUUAUUGGUAUCUUUGAAUAUCAUUAACUUCAUAUCAGACUUGGAAUAUCUCGGAAGAGCCGUUAUUAAAAAAUAAAUAUUAUACGCAUAUAUCGUUUUCCUCGCUAUCUUCAUAAAUAAAAUGUAUUCGUACGUUGACG